GAUAACAUCAACAGACGUAUCACGGCUACAGGACAAACUUGGCCGUUAGGGCGGUGAGCAAAGGCUAAAACCGAGUUAUUUAUUUAAUUUCUUGCAAAGAAGGUCGCUGCCUGCGUCAUUCCCCUUUAAAGCAGCUCGCCCGUGCUUGAGCAGCCGGAACUCCGCCUGGUGUCUAUUCGCCGUGUGGGGGAAAGGUAGAGCCGCAGCCUUGGAGACAGCGCCCGCUGCGGCGGAUCCUCUCUCUCAUCUGGACACAACACUGGCUCCAGCUUCGGGACACACUGCCGGCCGCGAACUCGAGUCCUCGCCAUGGUGUCCUGGAUGAUCUCACGCCUGGUAGUGCUAAUAUUCGGCACUCUGUACCCUGCAUACUCUUCUUACAAGGCAGUCAAAACGAAAAAUGUUAAGGAAUAUGUGAAGUGGAUGAUGUAUUGGAUAGUAUUUGCAUUUUUUACCACAGCAGAGACUCUCACAGAUCUAAUCCUGUCAUGGUUUCCGUUUUAUUUUGAGUUGAAGAUUGCUUUCGUUAUCUGGUUGUUGUCUCCAUACACAAAAGGCUCCAGCGUUCUGUACAGAAAAUUUGUUCAUCCAACCUUAUCCAGCAAAGAGAAGGAAAUUGACGAGUACAUCAGCCAAGCCAAAGAUCGCAGUUAUCAGACCAUGAUGCGGUUUGGCAAACGUGGACUCAAUCUUGCUGCCAACGCUGCAGUAACAGCUGCCGCUAAGGGUCAAGGAGUGCUGUCGGACAAGCUGCGGAGUUUCAGCAUGCAGGACCUGACGUUACUCCGAGAUGAGGACUCUAUUCACCUGCGCAGUCCUGACCCCCGCAUGAGAACAUCCACAGGCAAUCUUCUGGAAACAAUAAGCGAUUCUGACACACGCCGGCUUUCUUCAGGGGAAGAACUGGGAAAUGCACAGGCCCAGAAGUCAGAUGGAGAGCAGCCAGAUGUGAAACUUGAACAAGCAGAUGAAGAUACCGUGGACAAAGUACCAAAACGCACCCAGAGCCUUAAAGCCAGUAAACAAAAACUUCAGCGUUCAGAGCCACAAUCGAAGAGUGUAAAGUUACGCGCUAAAAAGAAAGCCACCAGCACCGCCAGCAGUCCCGAGUCCGCGUGAGCUGGAUCGCGUGGGGAAGAAGCCGUACAGAGUGCCACAAGUCUUUCCAUCUGCCUUCAGUACAUCACAGAUUUGAGUCUUGCUUCAAGCAGAGAAACUGCCUCAGCAUAAUGGAAGAGCUAUACCUUGUAAAUAGGAGCUUGGGCACUGUGUCUUUAGCAGGUAUGGGGGAAUGCAGUCGUCACCACAGCAUAGCAAUACUUGAGCUGUUGUUGAGGGACUAGACUUAAGUAAUCUUGCUCAGUGUUAUAUAUGCAUCUCAUCCACAGUAUUCAAAAUAAAGUUCCACCAAAAUAUCUCCUAGGAAAUAUUAAGCCAUUCUUAUGUUUGCAAUCACCAUUACUUCCCUUUGGAUUAUUUUUCUUCCCCCAUUUAUAUCACUUCCUGCUCCGUAUGGUCUCUGUGAAAAGGCAGCAUGGGAAUAAUAACUAUGAAUUUUAACAUCAGUGAAUAAAAAAAGGUGCCUGGAAGUGACCACGUGAAUAGCUAUUGCAAACUCGACCUUAAGCUAACCUAGAGGGUUUUAGCUUGCACUCUAUUUGAACUGAUAAAGAGAAGGAAAGCUGGCUGAGGUGUUUUGUGAUGGUCCUGUAAUUUUUUGGAAUCAGGAAAUCUUAUAAACUGAAGAUACAGUAUGAGAAAUGUUUUUAAACUUGUUAUGUUUUCAGAUUUUAGUUCUGUAACUUAAUAUUUCACCUAAUUUAACAAACCAGCUAUCUCAAAAAAUAAAGAAAAUACGUUAAACAAAGUAAUUAGAUUUUUAAAAUAUAUUGUCAUAUUUAGAUCUUUAGAUGUCAUUGGUAGCAGACUCACUGUAUUCAAUCAGAAUUAAAACUAUGCACUGGAAAUUUAUUUUCAGAAUUAGAAAAUCGCAUUGCAAGAAUGAACAGGAAAGCAUGCUUAACUAACAUACUACAAACGGAAAACUGUGCGUGGGGGUUAUAUCUUCAUGGGAAUUUGGUAGCAUUAAAAUGAAUGUGAGGGUUUUUGUUGAGUUGGAAAUUUAUACAUUGAUUGUGAGAAAGUGAUUUGGAAUUCUAAAUAAUGGAAGUAGAUGGAAAGUGACUUGGGUUUGCUGGAAAUCUGUGCCGUGGAAGUGAUGAGAGGGGACUAUUCGUUUGGAAUUGUACAUAGUGUAUAAGGAGAGCUGGGGACUGUGAAAUAGAGAAGCCGCCAGAGAUUUGGUUCAGUGAGAGGAAACUGAUUGCUGCAUUGGAAAUCUGAACUAGGAUAUGGAAUUGAUUGUCCUUUCAUUAAUAGAACUGGGAUUCUGAAAUGGAAUGUAUUGAUGUUAUUUUCACCAAUUUCCCAGAACUACAACUGCAUUCAGAGAUCCAGGUUCAUGUAGCCUAAUGAUUACCUGUUUUUGAAUGUCUGCAUGGUUUUCCUAUGCACUAGAAGUAGUUGAAAUAGAAUUUUCUAACUGUUAUAUAGACAUCUAGGAUCAGAACAUUAUUACCACGCUGCUUUCCAGAAUCUCCCUGUAGGUUUUAAGAGAUGGCUGGUGAUGAACCAUAAAUAGUAAUUUAAUCAGUUUCUGGUGCUCUUGAAAACCAUGAGUGUGAAGUGAGAUUGAUUUAUGAAGAUCAAGGUAAAAUAAAUUGGCUGCCAAGUGCUUGCUGUUCCCUAAUCUGUGUAGCAUGCCGUUUAGUUAUUGUUCAUGUUUUAGUAUUUACCAGUAGAUACUGUACAUACAGUGGGGCUGAAGUAAUGUCACAUGAAUGAAAAUAUAGUGAUGUAGGAAAUGAAGCUGUGUGAAAUCAUGUGAUUAUAACUGGAAUAUAGAUAUUUUUGCAAAUGCAUUACCAGGAUAUGCGCUAUACUGUACAUGAUGUACCGGACUGAACAAAAUGUAUAACUUUUAAUACACUGAAUAAAAGCCUUCAGUUAUCACUCUAUACUAGAGGUCAGUGUAGUAAGCAUGUUAUUUCAGUGAGUGCCCCAAUUACCUCCUCCUACAUGUUUACAUGAUUUCUGUGUUAUCAUUAAUACCUGGGUUAUUUACAAUUUUUGUAAAGAGAACAUUUAAAAUUACAACUUACAAUCUCAGUUUAUUACAAACAUACAUCUGUUAGUUAGUCUACACUGUUAGUUGUUACUGACCCAGACAAAAAUAUACUAGAUUCAAAUUCUAUCCAAUUUAUUACAAAACACAUACAAUGCUGAAAGUUAUACUUUGAUACCCAAAUCCCAAAAAGUGUAACAUACUUUGAAUGUCAUUUGAGCUGAGCAGUUCUCUCUAGCUACUGCUUGUUGUUUUACUAGAUCUACCCACCAUCGAAACUUGAUUGUAGUUAGAAAUACUGAUAGCAAAUGAUGGAAAAUGAAAUAUACUGGUUCUCCAUUAUUGCUGGAACAAGAUAAACCAGCCCCACUCACGUAAUGGGAGAAAUGUGAAUGUAUCUCAUUGAUGUUUAGCACCUCAAAACAUUUUCAUGCUGUAAAUUUUCAAUUGACUGACAUUCACAAUGAUCAAUAGGUUUUCAUAUCAGGAACAAAUGCUGGUUUCCUGCAGAAAACUUCAUUAAUGGGAGAAUAUUUAGACAAAACCUUAAAGAUGCACAUGGUUAACCUAUCAGGUUCCCACUAAUCUGAGAAUUUAUGGAGGGUAUUACAAUAAUUCAUUUGCACUCCAUUUGCGAGGAAUAUUGGUCUCACAAGAAGCUUUUGUUCUUUGCUGUACAUGGUCACUAUUUAAAGAUAUUUUAGGUGAAUGUGCUUGACAAACGUCUUUCAUCUCAAUAUUAGUUAUAUGUGGUAUCUUGUUUAUUUUCAAGAUACUUAUUCAAUAACUAAUUAUUGGCAUUGGUGACAGGUCUUAUAGAAAUUUAUGAGGUAGGAAGCCAUCCAACUCGAUGUUUAUGAUCCCUUGUAUCUAUUAGUAACCUGCAAAGCUUUGCAGUGAUUUGCUUAGUAUGUAUAAUUAAGAAAAACUGAUAUUUUUCAUGUCAGUCAUUCAUAAGAUAGCUCUUAUCAAAGCCUCAGGUACUCAUAUUAAUUAAAGUCCUCUGUACUUCCUCAAACUAUGUACAUCUGGAUUUGGAUGUCAGGGUUCGGCAGUGUUUAAUAUUGAUAUCCCAUGGGGAACCCAGUGUCCUGCAAGCCUCAGCCUUGUGCUUCAUACAUAAAGACCCAGGUAUUUUUUUCUAUUAUUAUGCUAGUCUGUGCUGACUAAUGCAUUCCUCUCAAUGUAAGAAAUAUAAUGCCAAUUAUUUUUUUUUAUUUCUGAAUGUUAUGCAAGAUGUUCAGUUGAGUUUGCUUAAAGUCUCAAGUAGUGUGCCUCACUUGUUUUAAACUGUAUACAUUGUUUUCAUUAUCAGAUCUUGUUGCCCUUGGUGUAUUUUAUUACUGCUGCAUUAGAGCUGGAGACUUGGCCUAGGUUUGAAAAAAAAUAUACAGACACACCCUCUUCUCUGUAAUUUCACUGUACUGGGUUUCUCAUUACAUAGCUGAGCCAGGGAAGUUCCUGCUUUUAUUUCCAUUUUGCACUGUUAACUAAUCUAACUUUAGCUGGUGAAGUGGAAAAGAUGUUAAAAAUUACCUCACAGAAUCUGUGAAAUCAGGAACCAAUCAGUCUCCAAUGACUCCUCAAACCCCUUUGGUAAAGAAGCAUCGAGGGAUCUUGAUGAAGAAUAGCUAUUGGACUCAAAAUUCACUAAGGCGCACUGUGACAAAGCAAUGGAGGUUGGAGACACGAUGCAUUAAAAACAGAAAGCUGAUGUGGAGUAAAGACUCCAAAGGAGCUUUGAGAAUUAACUGCUAUUUCCAAUCACAUCUGCAGAGAAAUAAGUUUAUCCUCUUUUCCAAAAACAUUCUGAAUGCUCCUCUAUCCAUGUAACUAAUUAGUUCUCUUCAAUGCAAGUGGUUAUUGCUAACCACUCAUAAAUAUAUAUUAAGUUAUUUGGUGAAUAGAUUAAACUGGAUAUAAUAUUUUAGGUGGUAAUGCUUUCAUUUAUUUUGCUCUCUCAAAAAUGGUGUAAAGUUCUAUAAGAAAUUCCAUGGAGCAUGAACAAGUCUUUGUAUGGAAGUAUUUAGUCCCAUUCAACAAGAGGGUUUAGAGAACCAUAAAACAGUACAAUACAGAGGCUAUUCAGCCCAUCAUGUCCAGGUCAGCAUCCACAGUCCACCCACAAUCUCCAACUGUUAGUUUACUGCUGGACUAUAAGCCAAAAUCCAAAGAUGGUGCUCCAAUGUCUACUCACCAAGAUCAUCUGCAACAAGGAUUCAAGUUUGAUAUUCACUUCCAUCCAUUUCUAUGAAGUAAAGAAUGGAACAGAAUAAUUGCCGGCAUUCUCACUCCUGAAAGCAAAGUCAGGAACAUUUCCGGCUACAUACUGAAUCAGAUUUACUAGUUUAAAAAUUUACUUGGAAUGCAGGGACCAAAUUGGGGUAUUCACAGCAAUUUCCUGCUGGAAUCUUUUAGAGCCCGGUGCAUUUCCUCCUCAUCCACAUUGCAGAAAACCUGGGCAAUUCUAAAUACUAAAUCUUGUUUAAGUUGCACCAGUUAUAUUCUAGCAGGAUAAUAACCACUAAAUGGAAACCAAUAAAGAAGUUUAAUAUUUAUGAAAUAAAUAACCAAACAUUAUUAUCUUCCUCUGAGGUACUACUUAUUUUCAGCUGUAACGUAAUAGUAAAUAGAACCCCAAUUUUCCAGGUGAGCAUUCUCUGACUAAAAGCCACUAACAUUAAUUCUUGUAAGUGGCAUGGGCUCAAAGCACUUUGUUUGGAAUGUCACUUUUCUCCUCAUUAAUGGCCUUGGGACCCUAGAAAUAAACUGCUGAUAAGCUAUCUUCCAUUUUGUCCUUAGCUCUGUGUUGGAAAUUGUCUCAAUGGCCCAGCAAGCAAAGACAGCCCCACAAAUAAAAUAUCUUUCCACCCUCAUCCAUGCUAAUGGCCUAUACAAAAAUUUAAUCAAGUUUCUCCUGCUGUACACUACUAUACUGCCACAGAAGUGGCAGAACCCACUGUUAAACAUGCAGUGAAAAAUUAAUUAUUUUAUCAUAAGGCCAGUUCCUCUAGGGAUUUGCACAGCAGCAUAUUAAUAUUCCUAAACACCCACCCACUGCUACAAGAGCCAUGUACCUAUAGCUGGCAAGUCAAAACAAUAUGUCAAAGCUUUUAAGGAUUACAUUUUAACACCUGAAUUUAACUUUAUGACUGUUAAUAAUAUGCUUCAUCUCUCACCUUUUCAAUGCUCCAGAUCAUUUAAUUAUACAAAGAAAUGUGUAGGAUUCAAUGUCAUCUCUAGGUUGCAGCCACGACGAUGUAGGGCAGGUAUGUUGAAUAGGUUGAUAUUUUCCUGUUUAUAUGUUUGGAUCUAAUUGUCUUCCUUAUCUACGUGUCCUUUCACGUGUCCUGUCCUUUCUCUUUGGUUUCUCUCAUUCUCCCCACUCGAUUCUGUCAUUUUUUUCCAUCCUGUUUCUUUCUUUCUCUCCCAUCCCCUGCACGUUUAAAACAUAAUGCAUAUUUAACAAUUUCAUAAUUUUCUAACUUAUAUAUGACAAUGGGUUUCAUGAGAGAAAUUGUAAGAAUCCAUUGUCAGUGGACUUGGCUCUCUGACUGCAUAAGUUGAUCAGAAGAGGAAUGUUAACAUCAUUGUAAUUAAGAAGCUGCAUCCUAGUUGUUGUGAAACUGCACUUGAUAUGUGAACUGAAUAAUCUUCAAUUGAUCAUGUACACUUCUCAAUGGAACUUGUAGCUUACUUGUUGUGGUUACCCCGCUUAAUUACAACAAGCAAAACCUUAAUCUGGAUCUAUUAAUCCACAGAACAGGUUUGAAGCUUACAUGUGGAUUUAAACCCACACUCUACCAGAACCAAACUGAGCCAAAUCACUUUCAUUCUGCAACAAUACUGUACCUCUUCAGUCUCCAGCUCAAGCUUCCUUAUUAACCAUUUUUACUGUGCCUUGUAAAAAUAUUCAGUCCUUUUUCCCCAGUAGAGCCCAAAAACAGAGAAAAACUAAACAUUCAAAAACUGAAAUGUCAGCAGUUCAGAAGUAUUCACCCCCAUUCACUCAGUACUUAUUUGAACCACCUCUUGCAGCUAUUACAGCCAAAAGUCUUUUGGGAUAAGUCUAAAUUAGCUUUACACAAUGUGAUGGAGCAAGACUUGCCCAUUCCUCCUUGCUCAAGCUGUGCCACUUUAGCAGGGGAGUGGCAGAAGACAGCUAUCCUGAGGUCUUGUCAGUGAUGUUUGAUUGGGUUAAGGUCGGGACUGACUGAGCCAUGCAGGCAUAUCAAUUUUCUUCAUUCGAAGCUACUCCAUAGAUGCUCUGGCAGUGUGCUUUGAGUCGCUUUCUUACAGAAAGGCAAACUUCCUCCCCAGUUUAAGCUUUCUGGCAGAGGCUAGCAGGUUUUUAUCCAGGAUCUCUCUCUAUUUAGCAGCAUUCAUCUUCCCAUCAAUCCUGAUCCGAAUUCCAGUCCCUGUUGCUGAAAAGCAUCCCCAUAAUAUGAUGCUACCUUCACCAUACUUUACAGUAGGGAAGGUGUUACCCGACGAAGGAUUAGAUUAACCCCACAAGUACUGCUUAGUGUUGAGGCCAAAAAGUUCAAAUUUAGUCUCAUCCAACCACAAAACCUUGUCCACAUCUUUACAACAUUUUCAAAUUAUGCUUUGUAGAGUCUUUAUGGACAAAGAUGUUUUUCUAUUUUAGCCAGGGCUUCUUCCUUGCUACUUUUUUUUUUGCAAAGCCGUAGAGGUUGUGGAGCCAUGAACUUCAUCUCCAGUUGCAGCCACUGACUUUUGCAGCUCACUCAGAGUGACUGGUGGCAUCCCGUUCGCCUCUCUUAUAAGUGCCAUUCUACUCCAGUGAUUAAAAAGACAGUGGUGUCCUGCCUUAGGCAGUGUGUUUUCCCACUUUUUCAUGAUGGACUGCACUGAACUCUGAGGUAAGUUCAGUGCCUUUGAAAUUGUACCCUUCCCCAGAUUUAUGCUUCUCUAUAAUCAUUUUCUGACUUAUCUUGAAUGCUCUUUUGUCUUAACUUUGGUUUGAUCUGUUGAAAAUUUUCCUUACUGUUGCACCUUACAGAGUUUAUUCUUAUUAAUUCAUUGAAAACAGGAGAUCCUCCAAUUUUCUACAUCAACAAACUGGGUGACUUGGUAAGGUAAUAUAUAGUAUUGCACCUGAGGAAUAUUAGCCUAGUAAUGACAAAGAGGAUGAAUACUUUUUCAGCCUCACAAUUUUGGUUUUUAAUUUUGAGUAAAUUAUUGACAGGUUUUAGAAUUUUUUUUGAUUUGAAAUGACGCACAUUGUCUUGUAGAUUAGCUUAAAAAUCCCUACUUCAAUAUAGUUUAAAUUUAGAAAAUGAGACAGUAAGAUGUGAAAGUAGUUGUGGGGGUUUUUCAAGGCAUUUUCCUCACUGCAAAACUUUACAGUCUACAUAAAUGCAAAGGUGAAUUUCUGUAACAACUAUUUAAAUGCCAAGCCAAGAGGUGCACAUUAUUUAUCAAUAGUUGUGACUAACUGGUAGUGACGUUUUUCUAUAUGUAUAUAUAGUUUAGCAGGAGUUGCAUUUUCUGUAUUUUUUCUAAACUGCACAUGUCCUUACCUGGUUUGUAAACCAGUAUUUGGUUACUUAACAGUACAUAUUUAACAAUGUAAUGUCUAUUUGAAACUGCAUAAUUAAAAGAAAAAUGACUGUUUUUUGUUA